AUUUUAAUUAUGUUUUGCUGUACUGAAUAACUCCGUAAAACCUUUGCAAGCAAACUGUGACAUUCAAUUGUGUGAAUAAGGUUCAACAUUUGUAUCCAGUGUGAUUGCUUUAAAUUUGCUGCAAAAUGCAUUGCAAAAGGAUCUACAGUUCAUUUCUGCAUGCUACAUUGUUCUGUGUAGGUGGAUACAGUUCGGUGACGCCGAGUGUGUUUGAAAUGAAGAUCAGUUCAUGCUGUGUGGUUGCUUAAAACUGUCUAUACCUUAACCACUCACACUACUACCCAACAGCACCUACUGCACUCAUUCACCACCGGAUGUUUAUACAGUUUACCGUGUGGUUGGGGAGAUUCUCACCUGCAACACAAAGCUGCACUGUCACGUUUUUAGUUAGCUCUACUAAUCUAUUUAAAACUUUUGACUUAUUAUUUAAAAGCAUGCAGUACACACAUGCUUGACAAUUAAAACAAAUAGAUAACUACAAAACUUACCAUAACUUAAGAUAACUUAAGGUCUGUAGUAUUCAUUUAGCAGGUUUUGAUAUUACUCUCAUGUAGACAAUUUGGGUUUAAAUACUGGUUUCAGAAUGAUUUGAAUUGUUACCUGUAACAUUGUACACCUCGCCUAACUCUCUAAUAUAUUCACAAUGAGAUAAAGAAAUGAAUGUAUGUAUGCAUGAAUGCUUUGUGAAUGUUUUGGAAGAACCCGUAACUCGCCCUCUUUUUAACAAAAAAUUUACCGUAUUUGUCAUGCACACAAAAACUAUACAGUAAAAGCCUGUUUAAAAUGCAUUCGACUACCCAUACCCAAAAUUUCAUGAGCUGCCAAUGUGUUAGACAACUGAGUUACUGUAUCUCCUGUAGCUUUUGGAAGUCACAGUGGCCAGUUUGACGUUAAGGACCAUUGGUUGUAAAGUACAAAGCUGCUCAGGCAAUUGAACACCUGCUACUACGUCCCCUAACCGAUGGGUAACUAUUAUUGUCACCAGGAAACAGAUGUGAGUUCAUGACUCUGGAAAGUGAGUGUUUGGAGCCGUGGUUGAAUUCGUCUGCACGAUCUUGUGUGUGUGUGUGUCUGUGUGCGAGGGUGGGUUUUCGGAAAAUAUGAGUUGACGUUUCCUGUAAUGAUUUGUUCGCGUUGCGACUUUUGAUACAAUGUAGUGGUCGACUUUAGUCUAAGUGACACUUAUUGAAAAGUGGGCCUUGGGUCACCUGUGGCAGCAGUCAGAUAUAAAUUUGAAGUGCUAGUGUCACACGUCUUUUCCGAUAUGUUGGUGUGAAUACACAAAACUUUCUUACUCGCAUGUCUUUUUGAGGCAUAUUGUUAUAAUACAUCCAAAAACUGAUUAUUAGCUGUAACAGAAGCAUGACCUGUAUUCUUUCCUACAUCCUUUCUCUUGUUUUCCCAUGUUAUACACACAUUGUGCACUGUGGUAAGACCUCAGAAAGACUUGUGGUCGGAAGGUAAAUCAUGGGAGCAGACAGAUCUCUUCCAGAUGUUCGAAUUCAGACACAUACACAGAAGAAGGAGCUCAUUGGGGAGCGGUGAUUUCCCUGGCCACAGAGGGCAUGACAGGGUGACUGGAGACAGACAAACACGCACAGGAUGCCAACUUAAAAGUAACAAGGAAAAGUAAAAGACGGUUGUAGACAACCACAAAUUAAUAAGUGUGCGUGCGUGUGUGUGUGAAGGGAUUACCCUCUCCUUUCGUGAGCAGGCGGAUUAGCUGGGCUUGCAUUUGGCACCGGGCCCUCACGCUACCUGUCUGUUUUGGUGUGUGUGCACACUGCAUGUGAGGGUUAAUUGCCUUUUUGGAAAAACCCUCUGUGGAGGUGUCAGGAUUUUGGAAACCUCCUGUAGUAAAAACCAGCUUUUGGAUCCCUGUGGGAAAAACUAAAUGAGUGGAAAGGGUGAGGAUGGAGAAAAUCUGAGCAAGGGUAUAAACUAUAUAAGAGUGUUUUGGUUGUUGUUUUAGAUUGUGUGGGAAAACUGAAGUGGAGGUUCCCUGACUGGGUGCAAGAGAUUUGGAAAUUUCCAGCUCAUUUUGGUUUCGCUGUUGGCAGCGUUUUCUGACACACAUUCUAUGGUUGCGAAGCAAGUGCUACUGAAUAAACAAUAAUUAACAGUUACUAAAUAGAAAAGACCCCCAUGCUGUCAUCAAACCAUUUUUCAUUUCUUUUUAACCACUAUGUCUAAAGUUUAUUCAACUGAGUAAAAGUAUAUGACAUUAUAGAAAUAACACACUCUCUGUUAUAUAUAUAAAUAUAUAUAUAUAACACUUUCUCGUAUCUGUUUCGAUAUCACGUGCUUAUUAUACAGAUCAUUCAUCCGUGCCUCAGUUUAAAUGCACCUGUGCCCUCCCAAAUACGUUUGAAAACAUUUCUCACCCAAUCAGGGACCCUCUUUUUCUCAGUUAUACGAGCAUGUCAUACGUUUUCUAUACCUCCCUCUUCCUCGACCCAUUUUUAAACUCUCAGCCACUUUCAUAUGACUGAAUGAGUUUGCAAGUUUCGUCUUUCGGAAUGAUCAGCAAGCUGGACAGUGUGCUCCUGACGCAGAAGAAAUUUACAUUCCAUUAUAAAAAUGUGCGCUGGGCCCGUGGGAGACACGAGACUUACCUUUGUUUUGUGGUGAAAAGACGUAUUGGCCCUGACUCCCAAACUUUUGACUUUGGACACCUGCGCAAUCGCUCCGGCUGCCAUGUAGAGCUGCUUUUCCUGCGCCAUUUGGGGGUGCUGUGUCCAGGACUGUGUGGUUCAAGUGUGGACGGUGCGAGGAUGUGUUACUCAGUGACCUGGUUCUGCUCCUGGUCGCCCUGCGUUAAAUGUGCCCGGCAACUUGCCCACUUCCUGUCGCAGACGCCCAACCUGCGACUGAGAAUCUUUGUGUCACGCCUGUAUUUCUGCGAUGAAGAGGACAGCCAAGAGAGGGAAGGACUGCGAAACCUAAAGAGGGCAGGGGUGCAGAUCUCUGUGAUGACUUAUAAAGACUUUUUCUAUUGCUGGCAAACAUUUGUUGCACGGAGAGAGAGACGUUUUAAAGCCUGGGAUGGCCUUCAGGAAAACUCUGUCAGACUCGUUCGAAAACUGAAUCGGAUCCUUCAGCCCUGUGAGACGGAGGAUCUGCGGGACUGUUUUACACUUCUUGGGCUUUGACCACAAAUAUGAGAUUCUCAAAUGACUGAACACUGAGAUAUAAAUGUGUGUAAAUGGUGCUGUUGACCUGAGACUUGAAUCUACUGACUUGAAUUUGAGUAAAUACUGUACUGUACUGUAAUAAUCUGAGAUGAUAUUAUACUGUAUAUAGCAUUAAUGUGAUAUGUUCACUCAAAGUAAAAUAAAAGCUAAACAUUGACAUGUUAUUCUGUGAUAAAGCUGUUUUCAUAAACACAUUCUGGACUACCAGGUGCAUGAGGUUUGAUGAGAGUAUUUGUGCUGAAUUGAAAGUUUCUUAAAAAGUGAAUAAACUGUUAAGAGAUGUUUUAUGAUUAAUAAUAUUUCCCACCUCUGUCAUAAAAAGGCCCAUAACCAUUAGACACGGGGAACCACCA